AUGCAGAGUAUGAGUGUGCCUGCUGCUUAUGCUGAUGCUCUCCAGAGGGCACGGCAGAUAGCUGCCAAGAUUCAACCGAAUGCUGACAGGAAGCGGCCUUUAGAAGACGGAGGCGGUGAUCCAGAAUCGAAGAAGAUGGCAGCAUUGAAUGACCCAUUUGGCGCCCAGUUGGCUGCCAUGAGGCAGAGUGGUGGCUCAGUUAUCAAUGAAGACAUUAAAGUCCCUGACCACAUGGUGGGACUCAUUAUUGGUCGAGGGGGGGAGCAAGUCACUCGGCUCCAGUGUGAAUCGGGAGCGAAGGUUCAGAUGGCAGCAGAUAGUGGAGGGGGUGAUGAACGGACCUGCACGUUAACUGGUACCAGGGAGGCCAUCAACAGAGCAAAGGAUAUGAUCCAGAAGAUUAUUUCAACAAGAAGUGGGGGUCCUAAUGACACUGUCCCCAGUGGGAUGCUAGGAGGAGGUGGAGGAGGAGGAGGAAGUGGUGGAGGAGGUGGCGGGGGGGGGAUGAGAGGUCCAGGGAUGAUGGGGGGAAAUUCUGCCAAUCAUACUGUCAUGACCCUGAUGAUCCCCGGCCCUAAAGUUGGACUGGUGGUGGGCAAAGGAGGAUCUACUAUCAAGCAAAUGGAAGAACGCAUCGGUGUGAAGAUGGUCAUAGUGCAGGAGAGUGCUGCACAGGAAGGAGACAAGCCCCUGCGCAUAUCAGGGGAUCCACAGAAAUGUGAGCAAGCCAAACAGGCUGUCAUGGAACUCAUUGGUGAUUCUCCAGGUGGGUUUGGCUCAAGAGGAGGAAAUAGCUUCGGUCCAGAUGGUCCGUUGGUAGAACCGAUUGCCGUCCCCCAGCCAGCUGUUGGGGUCAUCAUUGGCAAAGGAGGAGAGAUGAUCAAGAAAAUACAGAAUGAGAGUGGAGCCAAAGUUCAGUUCACUCAGGCUCGUGGUCCCAAUCCAAAUGAGCAAAUCUGUCAGGUGUCUGGAAAACCUGAUCAGGUUGCAGAAGCAAGGAGAGUCAUCAUGGAACUCAUUGAUUCUGUCAUGACUCGGGAUGGAGCGAUGGGAAGAGGACGAGGCCGUAGUUUUGAUGGUGGGCCUCCUGGGCCACAAGGUCCAGGUGGGUGGGGAGAACGUGGACCAUCUGGCCAGGGAUGGAAUGGUGGUGCUGGUGGAGCCAACGAAGUUCUUCUUCCUGUCCCUGCCAACAAAUGUGGUCUCGUUAUUGGGAAGGGAGGGGAAACCAUAAAGGGAAUUAAUCAGCAGACAGGAGCCCAUUGUGAGUUGGAUAGACGACCUCCUCCAAAUCCAAAUGAAAAAGUUUUUGUUAUUCGUGGCACACCAGACCAAAUUGAACAUGCAAAGCAACUGAUUUUUGAGAAAGUGGGAGGGGGCCAACCAGAUUAUAGUCAACAGUGGAUUGAAUACUACCGAUCUGUUGGAAUGCAUCAGCAAGCUGAUCUGAUCGAACAGCAGACGAAAGCAAGAGCAGCUGCUGGCGCUCAGGCUCCAUCACAGCCUAUGCCUGGUACUGCUCAAGUUGGUGGGGACAAGACCGCAGAUGGGAAAGUUGACUACUCUCAGCAAUGGAUUGAGUACUACAGAGCUCAGGGAAUGCACAAGGAAGCUGACAUGAUUGAGCAGCAGGCCAAAGCACGACAAGCAGCUGGGGCAGGUGGAGCACCUAAUGCUGCUCAAUCAUACGGGCAGUUCAAUGCUCAGAGCUUCUAUGCUGCUGGCACUAAUAUAAAUUCGAUAUUGAAAGGUGGCAGGCAGAGCAUGGGACCAGCAUUAAUGCAGAACCCUGGUGAUGCGGAAGAGGAGUUCAGGUUGCGGGCCACAGUUCAAAUGUCAGUGAAUUCUUUUGCCUCGAGUUCAAAUGUUGAGAACGUGUGCCCGCAAGUGCUGAGGCAAGUGGCAAAAGAAAUCGGUGAACUUGUGAAAAAUCCUCCUGAAGGCAUCAGGCCAUUGCCAUCUGAACAGGACAUUACUGACAUCCAGGCUCUCAUAACAGGCCCUCCAGGAACGCCUUAUGCAGGAGGUGUCUUUAGAGUGAGACUCAUCCUCGGAAAGGACUUCCCACAGGCCCCCCCAAAAGGAUUCUUUGUCACAAAGAUCUUUCACCCCAAUGUGGCUCGUAAUGGAGAGAUCUGUGUGAACACUCUGAAGAAGGACUGGAAACCAGAUCUUGGGCUGAAACACAUCUUCCUGACUGUAAAGUGUCUCCUUAUUGUCCCCAACCCAGAAUCAGCUCUCAACGAGGAAGCUGGGAAACUCUUGUUGGAGGAUUACAAUGCAUACUGCGAACAAGCCCGCAUGAUGGCCGAGAUUCAUGCCAGACCGCCCCGUGGAAUGAAACUGGAUGGUGAGGAUCUCUGUGCACCUGACUCUGAUGCCCCUGUCUCCAAGAAAAUGGCUUUGAGUGAAAACAAAAGGAUGAAGGACAAAAAACGUCGUGUCCUUCGGCAUACAACCGUAUAUUAUUACAGCCCUGGUGCUCUCCAGCCAUGA